UAAGAAUAAGACACAUAAAUAUAUCGAUGCAAAAUGCACACGUCUUUGAUCUAUCCAAACUGGUGAAGCAAUCGGAGCGGGGGAAUCCAUGGAUGGGACGAAGUCCUCAACACUCCGCUGGCAAAUCCUUCGCCGCGCGCUUCUUCGUCGCCCAGAUAACCAAUCCGACAUGGCCAUUGCACAAAUAUCAAGAAAGGCGACUCGUGGUUUCAAUUUGAUACCCUGCAGUUUAGUGGAAGAAAUUUCUGAUUCUCUCUCACGAAAAGACGCAUUGGGCAGCUCUGCUCUUUUCUGUUACACAUUGCCCCUUCCCAAAUCUCCCCAACUUACUCUGCACCAAAGAGUGAAUGGUAUUGUGGAUCUCAGUGACUUUGAGGUCUGUAAUAGAUAUAAUAUUGACAACACCGGGCUUGUUUGUCAAUGGCCGUCUGAGGAUGUCCUUGCCUACUACUGCUUGUUACAUGCUGACAUGUUCAGGGAUAAAAGAGUCAUUGAACUUGGAGCAGGAUAUGGCAUAGCUGGCUUGGUUGUUGCAGUAGCCACAGAUGCACUAGAAGUGGCAAUCACUGAUGGGAAUCCUCAAGUUGUUGAUUAUAUACAACGUAAUGUAAGCACCAAUUCAGGCAUGUUUGGCGGUACAGUGGUUAAGUCAAUGAUUCUACAUUGGGGUCAGGAAAAUGUACCGGAUAUCUCCAAUACCUUUGAUUUCAUUAUUGCAAGUGACUGCACUUUCUUUAAGGAAUUCCAUGAAGCUCUGGCUGAAACCAUAAAAUCAUUGCUAAAGAAAGACAGCCCCUCAGAAGCUCUACUUUUUUGCCCGAAAAGAGGUGAUUCAUUGGACAAGUUUCUCGGGAAAGUUAUAGGCAGUGGAUUGAAUUUCACCAUAGAAAACAAUUAUGACGCUGAAAUUUGGAGGCGUCACCAGAGAUUUCUAUAUGGUGAUGAAUCCUGGCCGAAUUAUGAGAUGGAUCACUGCUAUCCUUUGCUGCUCAGAAUAAGAUGGUAAAAGGUCCAACUCAUGGAGGGAGGAAAUCCAGUAGAUUUUUGUAUUCCUCACAUUUUUUCUGUACUUUGAAAAUAUUCAUUUUAGAGUUGUUGGAUGCUUUAGUCCUUCCAAGAUGUUAGAAGUUUCAUGUAUUUAUGGUUGAGCAGUUGAGCUUUAUGCCUGGUCAUGCUCCGUCUGCUGAAAUGUUGAAGAAAGAAUUUUUUUCAAGAAAAUAGGGGAAAACAGAACUUGUAUAGUUGUAUUAUGGCAGUGUUUGGAAAAAACGCAUGUAGCAUUUAC